CCCACCCCCGCCCCCAGCUGCUUCCCGGGCCCCCCGGCCGGUGCACCUGGGCGGCGCUGCAGGCGCUGGGGAGGCCAAGUCCUUGCGGGCGACCGGCAAAUUGGAUCUGUGUGACUCUGGAGUUGGAGGAAUCAUCCGAUUUGCCCAGGCGGACGUUGGGGGCUUCGCCGUUUCCCCCUCGGUGACCGUUCAACUGUCGCUGGCGCUUCGGAACGCGGGGGCGCCUUGGGCUUCCGAUCGUGGGUGUCCGGGGGGCACCUGGUGGCGGGUCGCGCGCCCGCAGAGGGCGAGGGGGCUCGGGGUCGUCGGAGGUCACGGAGGACCUGCAGCGUGCGGGGCGGGCUCUGCUGAGCGUUUUCAAAGUGUGCACGCCUGGCCGGAUAAAUGCAAGCAUUUCCAGUCAGUCCAAGUCUCAAGGUCUCCAUGCCUUUAGAAGAAAGGCGGUUCUGAUGAUAGAACUCUCCCCCCGGGGGGGGGACCCCCAAAUGCAUCCAGGUCCAGAAAGCUGCAGGGACGUCCUGCAGCCACGCCUUGUUCUCUGCCCUCCUAAAGCGGCCACUUAAAGGCAGGGAUUGUGCAGUUUCUCAAAAAGACGUUCGCGCGGGGAAGGGGUCCCCGUACAGAGCCUCGGGGCAGCCCCUGCUGUUCCAAGGAGGCUUGUUUCCCGCUCAGCCGGGUCGCCAGCGGGGCUCGCCAUCGCCGACCAAUCAACGCUGCCGCUGGGACUGUGACGACGCUAGGCCCCGCCCCGCGGACGUCGAUAAAAGGCCCCCGCGAAGGCGCGCCCCAGAGACCGCGCGCGGCCCUGCACCCCUGCAUCUCUGCACGCUUCUCUGGCGCGCCUUUUUGCUGCUUCCCGCGGCACGAGUUGCUCGGUCCCGGCUGUGGGCGUGGCAGGCUCUCCAUCCUGUUUGCGGGAGGCCACGAAAGUCUCCAGGCUCACUCCCCCUACUUCCCUUUCCUCACCUCCUGUGCCCUCCCCCCCGGCAGCGGGCGGCGGCGCGUCGGGCCCGCAGGUGAGCUGCACCGCAGCGCCCCCUAUCCGGCGAGCCCACCCCGAGCCGCGCGGUGCCCCCGCAGCCUCCCCUCCCGCAUUCUGCUUCAUCCGCAAGAUGAAGAACCCGAUACUGGAGGUCGUGGCCCUCCUGCUGGAGAAGCUGCUCCUCGUCUCCAACCUGAAGCUCUUCAGCUCGGCCGGCGCCGGCGAGGCCAAGGCGGGGGGCGCGCCCCCCGCGAUGAGCGCCUUCCUCCGCGGCGACGUGCUGGAGGUGUCCCGCACCCACCUGAGCCACUACGGCAUCUAUCUCGGCGACAACCGCGUCGCCCACCUGAUGCCCGACAUCCUGUUGGCGCUGAGCGGCGACCGGGGCCGGACGCGGCAGGUGGUGUCCAACAAGCGCCUGAUCCUGGGCGUCAUCGGCCGGGUGGCCAGCAUCCGCGUGGACACGGUGGAGGACUUCGCCUACGGGGCGGACAUCCUGGUCAACCACCUGGACAAGGCGCUCAACAAGAAGGCGCUGCUCAACGAGGAGGUGGCGCGGAGGGCCGAGAAGCUGCUGGGCUUGACGUCCUACAGCCUCCUCUGGAACAACUGCGAGCACUUCGUCACCUACUGCCGCUUCGGCACGGCCGUCAGCCCCCAGGCCGACAAGUUCUGUGAGAACGUGAAGAUAAUAAUUCGGGAUCAGAGAAGUGUCCUUGCUUCUGCAGUCUUGGGAUUGGUGUCUGUCAUCUACCUGGGCUUGGCAUCAUAUACUACUCUUCCUGCAAUUGUUAUUCCGUUCUGCUUAUGGAUGGCUGGCUAACUUCCUACCCCCAUGGCAGUGUGUGUACUCUCUGUGUGAAUAUUUUUAUAUGUACAGAGCACAAUUCGGUAUAAGCAUUGGCCAGAAAAACAUGACCUGCAACACUGUGUUCUGGAUAACAAGGUGAUUAAGGAUCACUCGAAGUGCUUACUGUGUAAGCCCAGUGACAGUGGUGCUCUGAUUCUCCUCGGGCAGUUCCACUUUCAAGCCCAGUGCACAUCUUGGAAACACGACAGCCUGUGACAGAGUUGCGCUUUACCAGAAAGCCAGCCCUAAAAUGCCAGCCGCAGGAGAUUGUGCGUGUUGUUUUUGUGCUCCCAAUAAUCACUGCUCUUCUGUUGGACCUGAAUUUGAACAUUGGAAGACUUACCAAAUGUGAUCACUAAUUUUAUUGUAAAUAUGUCCUGUUUUGUUGAAAAACUUACAUUAAACUGAAAAAAAGAAUUUUUUUCCCCUUGCUUAGAGGAAAAGAUGUUUGGUGAUUAGCAGAUUUAAUUCCUUUUUCAGGCAUAUAAUUCCCAGUCAGUCAAGACUGUUCUCAUCACUUGAAAACAUAUAGAUAAGUUAAGCUCCAUGGCUGAUCUGAUCUGGGUCUGCUUGCAUAAGUAGCUGUGUUAGCAUCAGCUGAACAUUUUGAUUUGGUUUACUUAAUAGGACACAUUCAUUUAAUUUUUUUUCCUUUUAUAUGUCUUUGUAGUUAUUUUAGAAAUCGAUACAGGAUUGAAGCACUUUGGGUACCUGAAACGUACGUGUGUGUGU